AUGGCUCCCAGUGUUUCGGUGCCAUGCUCUGUCAACAAGACGGCUCGAGAAGAGAAGACUCACAUCCAGGCUCAUGAACAGCAUCCUCUCACUCUCGUAACAACUCCAGCCACAGGAAACGUCCCCAUAAUUUGCAGGGCCUGUGGGGGCUGGAUUCUAGGCUGGAGAUAUAGCUGCAGCUGCCGCUGCAACUAUUACCUGCACGCUGCCUGCGCCCAUUGGCCGAAGACGAUAGAAACGGCCGGAGAUCACGAGCACCCGCUUAACCUGCACUUUUCGGCCGGUCCUCAGCCCCGCUCCGACGAAGGAAUCAACUACACGCGGUGUGGUCAUGGAGACAAAGGGCUGUGGGGUUACGACUGCAGUACCUGCGGCAGUGGGUUCUUCCAGCACUUAGAUUGCGCAGCCGCUAUAGCGUUUGUUGCUUCCGAAGACCCUCUUGAUGUAGGUGAAACGGUGGAUACGAUGGUGGAUGUUGCGAACGGCAUAGGCAACAAUGAUGGAGGUGGCGCUGCCAUUGACGGGCCGGGUUCCUUGUGGGAACUGGUUGAGCUCCUAGUACCCAACCGCUUCUCUGCACCUAUUUCUCUCGUAACACAAUUGGUUCCCCCUGAUCCAGCGCAAACAGUGUCUGCAACAGCCCCCAAUGCUGCACCAGCGAAUAACCAAACAAGCCAUCAUGACGACGACUGCUGCUGUGAUGAUGUCGACGAUUCUUGCUGCUAAGUUCUUGAAUGUAUUUGUUCGUAGCAUAAGUUAGAACAUUAGUUCUAUUCUACCUCAGCAAAUAAAGUCUUUUCUGUUUGAAUGUUGGAGAAUCAGUUUGUGCAUUGAUAUGUAAAGUAGCGAAGCAAUAUUAAUGGAGUAGGAGCAUCAGAGCUGUGUUGAAGA